AGCCCUCAUAAGACUGGAUAGGCAGGAGAAGGCACACUCAGGGCCACCAUGGAGGACAGCUUCACUGGGGGUGAUGAGUACCAGAAUCACUUCCUGCCCCAGGAUUACUUGGCCACCUACUACAACUUCAAUGCUGGCCCCUCUCCUGAGUUUGAUAUGCUCAAGUUCAACCUGGAGUGUCUCCACAAGACCUUUGGUCCCGGCGGCCUCCAAGGGGACACACUGAUUGAUAUCGGCUCAGGUCCUACCAUCUACCAAGUCCUUGCUGCUUGUGAGUCCUUCAGAGACAUCACUCUGUCUGACUACACUGACCGCAACCGCCAGGAGUUGGAGAAGUGGCUGAGGAAGGAACCAGGGGCCUAUGACUGGAGCCCGGCAGUGAAAUUCGCCUGUGAGCUAGAAGGGAACAGCAGCCGGUGGCAGGAGAAGGAGGAGAAGCUACGGGCUGUGGUGAAGCGGGUGCUCAAGUGCAAUGUUCUCCUGGGCAACCCGCUGGCCCCGGCUGUGCUGCCCCCCGCCGACUGCGUGGUGACCCUGCUGGCCAUGGAGUGUGCCUGCUGCAGCCUCAGUGUCUACCGCACCGCAUUGUGUAACCUUGCCUCACUGCUCAAGCCGGGUGGCCACCUGGUGACCACGGUCACGCUUGGGAUCUCGUCCUAUAUGGUGGGGAAGCGGGAGUUCUCCUCUCUGGUCCUGGAGAAGGAGGAGGUGGAACAGGCUGUCCUGGAUGCCGGCUUUGACAUCCAGCAGCUCCUGCACAGCUCCCGGAGGUACUCGGCCUUCAACGCUCCCAGUAGCGGGGUCUGCUUCAUUGUGGCCUCCAAGAGACCUGGGCCCUGAGCAAGGAGGGCCACCCAGAGGUCUGGCCAGGCCCUGAGGCCUCGGCCAUCUGUAUACUGCAGAAGGGUUAAGCAUGGAUAGCGUCUAACAGCAUUAGCUUUCAACAUUAGCAUGCCAUCUUCUAAAAUUCUGAGAGCCUAAAAUUUUUGUUUUAGAAUUCUAAGUUUCCCACAUAUCUUGUCCUAGGAAUCUAGGAGUGGAGCAUUCUAUUUUCCAAUAUACUAAGCCUUAUGGCUACCCUUAUAUGCUAUCUGACUCCUGUGCAACUGCAGAGCACCAGGGCCACGGUUUCAGAGUCUCCCCAGGAUGUUAAAGAUAAGGAAGCCUUUAGACCAGUAGCAACGAAAAUAAUUUUGGGGUUGGGGGUCACCACAACAUAAGGAACUAUAUUAAAGGGUCGUGGCAUUAGGAAGGUUGAGCACCACUGCUUUAGACAGUGGUGUAUUGGGAGAUGCUUCACAACCAGUUCUAUGAAAGGAGAAGCACUCAUUUGUGGUAGUUGCCAAUUUCUGUGGCAUAAAUACUUCUAGAAAUCAGGGUUAAUUUCAUGCUACCAGUGGCUUAAUAACCAUCUCACAAAACUCCUAAAAAUUUUACAGUUGACUCUCAUGAACUGAUACGAGUCAGUUUGACUAUACUAUUGCCUCUAGACUAAGGUUGACAGAUAAAGCAAAUAAAAAUACAGGAUGUCCAGCAAAUUAAAUUUUAGAUAAACAAAAUAAAUUCUUUUAGGAUAAGUAUAUCCUCAAAAUUGCAUGGAACAUGGUGUAUUUAUGCCAAGUAAUUAUUUGUUGUUUAUCUGAAAUUCCAGUUUCACUAAGUGUCCAGUAUUUCAUUUGGCAACCCUACUCCAGACCAAAUUAUCUAGCCCAUGUAAGAAGAGGAGGAGCCUAGGAGUAAUUAGGAAAAGGUUCUCCUACAGACGGACAAAUAGCAGAAAGAUGUCUUCUGGGCUGAUCAAUUGAGAAAAGUUAUUCUGUUGCCCUCUGGAAGCUUGAUGAGAAGAAGAUGCCCUUUCUGGGCAGAACAAUUAGAGAAAAGUGUCCCUUCCUUAAGGCUGACUCGGUCCCACUCCUGAGUACCUAUCAGUCUGCCUUUCCCCUCAACCUGUGCCUUUGGGUGGGGGUACACUCAAUAGAGCUGGGCCUGGCAGCCCUGGUAAGAGUCAGAAGAUCUGGAUUCUAGCCUCAGCACUGCCAUUAAUUUACUGGGUUUCUCUUCUCUGAGCCUCAUAUUCCCAUCUGUGAAGCAGGAGAAAUGAGACCUAAUCAAACAGUCUACAGGGAAUUUCUAGGAACAGGGAAUUAUUGACGUGAGAGUGCUUUGGAAAAAGAAAGCUUUUGCACAAAUUGACCUAUGGAUGUUAUUUUCCCAAAUAAUUGGGGCCGAAGUGGCCCUUCAAAAUUAGCUCGGGCCAUUCUGGCUUUUUGUAGUACAGGAAAAUAAGGUCCCAAGAGGGUAAAUGACUUUCCCAGAGACACACAGCACUUUGGCAACAGAGCUGGAGAACACAGGUGGGUUCUGGUCCAACAGUGUGCUUGUCCAUCAGUGUGACCUCCACUUUCUUAGGGAUCCCCAGGGCAUGGAAGGGCAGGGAGCCCCUCUUCCCCUUGGCUCUCUCCUCACCUGGGCAUGUUUCCACACCAGUAUCCCUGUGGUCUUUCCUUUCCUUCCCAGCUCACGUACUACUCUGGGGAGCAGAUAGAGACCUCGGCUCCUCUCCAAACACGUCUCUCUCAGUAGAGCCUCUGGCCUUGUCUGCAGAGGACAUUGUGGACAAGUAGUUUUAGAUAUGCUCAUGGCAGAAUGACCAACAGGUAGAGCGAGUGGGGACCCAGCAGAUGUGGGGACCUGGAGAAUGCAUGUCCAGGAACAGGGGAGGAGUAGGGGCCAAAAUAAGUCUUGGAGGCAACUUUGAAGACAGACAGAUGAAAUUUCUGCUGAGGCGGCCUAAAGAGGGGGCUGGCUUCUGCAAGGCGGCAGACACGCCGUGCCCAGGAGAGGAGCAUGUGGAGGAAAGGAAGCUGCGAAUAUGUCCCUGCUCACAAUGUCAGGGUCUCUCUUCGAGUUCAGUCUGGCCUAGUAGCAGGCAAGAGACACAGAAUCCACACCAGGGGCCUUGCUCAGUGUGAGGAAGGGUCAGCUGCCUGCCUUGGGGUCAGGGGGAUGAGGGUGUGAGAGUAACCUGCAGGGGCUUUUCCAACUUUUCAGCUUGUUAAACCGGGCCAGGUUGGACUAAGUGACUGUGCCAUGUGCCUGCCAUCUGUCCAUGUGCAGAUAGUGUGUAAUGUCCACGUGCUUUAAUAAAACAUUUUGUUCUGCUCUAA